AUGGCAGACGUCUCAAGGCUCGACCUUUCCGACACUUUUGGCGUAGUGUUUUGGGGAUUCGUGAUCGCAACAACGUGUUUCGGAGUCUCUAUCACUCAAUGUUACUUGUAUUUCAAACGAAAUAAGGAUGGACCUAGUUUUCGAGCUUUCGUAGCUAGUAUGAUGAUAAUGGACUUCGCAACAACAGCCCUAGCUGCCCAGUCUCUCCAUUAUUAUCUAGUUGCAAACUACGGGAAUGCUGGCGUUCUAGCAUUCAUGACAAAGUGUGCCCCGUCCUUUAGAUCACUCGGGAAGCUGAACAUAUUGAGUUCCUAUCAGGACAUUUCUAGCGGAGUUCUUCAUCACUUCGGCAGUCACCCUUGGGUACGGUCAUCGGCUUUCCCAGUUUUGCCUAUCGUAAACUUACAGAGAACAAGUCACGAGAUACUCGAAGUCACGAUGGAUAUCUGCUGUCAUCGUAAGUCGCUACCUGUUCCGGAGAUUGUUGUCCGUUCACGGAGGAAUUGGUUCAAGGCCCUGUUAGCGAUGAUCUCGUUCGCUUCGUCAGCUGUCCAGCUACGCAACCUGAUUGUAGUACACCGUGAUAUAUCGAAACUACAUGAGACCAUCCUGCAGAUACCUAUUGCAGUAGCGAACGGUUCUGCGGCUGCUUGCGACAUAAUCUCAACUAUUUCAUUGAUUGUAUUCGUGACAUCGCAUGCUCCCUCGCGAAAAGAAAUAAAGUCUCUAGUGACAUAUGUCAUCUUUCUUGCUGUAGGUCGUGGUUUUCUUGUCGCGGUGGCCCAAGUUGGUCUGUUGGCCAUGUUCUUUGGCUCACCUGCGUCGAAAUUCUACUGGAUGCCGUUUCAUCUAAAUAUAAGCAAGCUACAUGUCAAUACGACGCUUGCCAUGCUGAAUUCAAGGGCAAGCCUCCGUUCCAAAGCUACUCACAAACAUAUUCGGUCUGAAAAUGCACGUAGCCAAAGGUUUAAACGAACUAUCGGAUCGUCUGAUCUUCCCAGAUCAAGAGAUUGGACGACAGAUUGGAGCUCUGUCGAGAAUCAGAUAGAUCAAAGCUGUCUGCCUUAUCGAAGUGAGAAUUUACAGCAACUGCUUGACUCUUCGAUUUCGGUUCAACUUAGCAAGGACAACGAUGUGAUUCGACCAAAACCAACUUGGACGGGAGAAAGCUCAGUGGACUCGGGUUCAUGGAGAGGACAGGGCGUAUGA